AUGGGCGACCACGGCCCGGACAUGAACACGCUGGAAACUGAUUAUGUUGUGCUCAUUUCAGUUGUGCCGGCAGUGUUGGGGCUGACGGCGGCCGCUAUAUUGGCCGUGACGGCAUGCUUCUGUGCCCGUCGCUUCCGUCGGCAGAACAAGAAGGCGGGCCACGAAGCUUCAUCGCUACCGUUCCAGCCACCGCGGCCACCGAAAGCGGUCCGCUCGCCGAGCGGUCAACCACCACAGUAUCUGAAGAAGUCUCCGUCACCGACAAGCAUAAAGCCACUGCCGGGCCAUCUGCCGGCCCAGUCGCCGACCGAGCAGGCGACGGUGGCGGCAACAACGACCACCAACACCAGCAUUGUACCGCCGACCAAGUACACCGAGGAGAACGAGCUGAUACCGAAGAAUGCGCAAUUGGAACCAAAGUCCCCGGACGUGUCGGAACUGGGCGAUCCGAUGAGCGAGAAUGGCGAAGGGAUUGAGCACGGCAAGCUCGGUACCAUUGUGUUCAAGCUUCGCUUUCUGGCCGAUCGAAGUGCGCUAGUGGUGUCGGUGGUGCGGUGCCGUGGACUGCCAGGCAAGAACCAUGGCACGGCGGUCGCCGAACUGAGCGCGAUGGCGGGCGGUACACUGUGCAAUGGAACCGUCAACGGAAAGCAGUCGGCUACCGAUCCGUACGUGAAAUUGCAACUGUUGCCGGACAAGCAGCACAAGGUGAAAACUAGAGUUUUACGCAACACCCGCAACCCGGUGUACGACGAGGACUUUACCUUCUACGGAUUAACGCUGAACGAGCUGACCGGUAUGUCGUUGCAUUUCGUGGUGCUAAGCUUCGAUCGGUACAGCCGGGACGAUGUGAUCGGGGAGGUUGUGUGCCCGCUCAGCGGCAUAGAUCUGCAGCAGAUCGAGAACCAGCAGGUCGCGCUGAGUCGCGAGAUCCAACCGCGCAGCCUGAAGAUACGGGCCCAAGGGCGUGGCGAGCUGCUGAUCUCACUUUGCUGGCAACCGGCCGCCGCACGAUUGACCGUGGUUUUGCUGAAGGCACGCAACCUUCCCCGCAUGGACGUGACCGGGUUGGCGGAUCCGUACGUGAAGAUCUACCUGCUGUACAAUGGGCAACGCAUCGCCAAGAAGAAGACGCACGUUAAGAAGCGCACCCUGAGCCCGGUGUUUAACGAAAGCUUCGCGUUUGACAUACCGACCACCGAAGGUGCCGGUGCCACGCUGGACGGUGUAUCGCUCGAGCUGAUGCUGCUGGACUGGGACAGGGUGACGAAGAAUGAGGUGAUUGGACGCCUGGAGCUGGGUGGACCACGUAGCAAUGGAUCGGCUCUGAACCACUGGAAGGAGGUGUGCAACUCACCGCGUCGUCAAAUUGCCGAUUGGCACAAGCUGCGCGAAUAA